AAAAGCCAAAGUGAAGCUAGUCUGUGGUGGUGUAGCAAUUUUCGUUUAUUGUGUUUUAAUUUUUAGGUUAGGUGGCUUGGUUUGGUGAAGUGGACGGUUUUCUGAUUUAUAUGUAAUAUUUCGUUAUAGCUGUAAAAAUAUGUCAUACUCACAUUUAUUCAUGAAGUCAAUGUAUCCCCGAGCUCCAUUGAGAAAUGGGGUCGGGAGGUACGUGUGUCAAUUGCAGAGGUUAACAUUGAAGUUCUGCAAAUCCCAUGGUGGUAGCAAAGGCAUGAGGGAAUUUAUUGAAACAGAUCUAAUAGAUUUUGCUAGAGACAAUCCGGGAGUUGUAGUUUAUCUGAAGCCAAGACGUCACAGGACUCCUUGUCUCUGGGCUGAAUACUUGAACGGUGGUGAAGAAUACAUAGGAACAAACAACAUGUCGAAGGAGGAGAUAGCAAAGUGGAUACAAUGGAUGAGGACCAAGUCCGGGUACCAGGAUACGCGUUACCUCAGCUACUGGCACACAGAUAGCCCCACAGUACAGGGAGUGUGGAGUCCCUUCACUCAUCGAGAUCCUGCUCUCAACUUGGCUACCUUCCCCAUGACUGAGAACCCAAUGGCAGAACGCCAAGCCCCUACUGCCACAGAGCUGUUUGAUGGAAAUGUACAAACAGCAACAGUCCCAACAUAA